CAUAAUUGUAAUGACGUUAAGAGAGGUACAGGUGGCCAUACAUUCGGGUCACGUAGGACAAAUAGGCGAUCCUACAAAUAGGCAGUUAUGUUUACAAAACACGCUACGAACGAUUUCCUUCGGCCAUUAGUGUGGCGAUAACGCAUGCGCGUGAGCCUGCAUCAAUGUGAACUGUGACGAAUAAUGGAUUUUUUUCAAAUUUUAGUAUUAACUCUCCACAUGACACAAGUCCUUACAAAAUCGAAGUCUAAAUCAAGGUCAAAGAAAUAUCAGACUUCGUCGUCAGACGAGGAGAGCAUAGAGAACUUGUUGUACUACAAGGACUGUCAGAGGACUGCCAAAGAACAGACGACACCAGUGCCGGAGCCAGCACGCUACGUGGAGCCGCCGCCGCCGCCACCGCCGCGGCAACCAGACUGCCCCUUCCCAAAGAUGUGUUGCGCUCUCUCCUGCGGCAACGAGUGCGGAGGCAGCCAGCCCUCCUUCAUUAGCAGGCAGAUGGAGUCCAUGCCUGGCCUUCAGUCUAUGCAGCCCAUGCAACCCCUGCCGCAAGCACGACCGCCUGACAGGAUGGGUGCCGUUCAGCCAACUAUCGUCCAAAGGCGGAAAAAGAAACUCAAAUUCCAACCAAACAAAAUGCAGGCACCUAUAUUAACGGGACCAACGAGAAGAGACGGCGGUGGCUUCACGAAGGAAAAGAUCAAAAGCCUCAUAUCCCAGGAUGAUGACAUCAGGAAGAUAUUAAAAGACCUCGUGAGGGUCACGAUGCAGAAGGUGGACCUACUAGAUAUGAUGGGCCCCAAAGUGCCCGCUGACAAUGGUCUCACAGAGCCACCGACUCCCAAAAUACCGUUCGAAGAUUAUGAAGAAUGAAUUGUGAUAUAUCUAACAUAGGUACAAUUAUUUUUUCCCCCCUUUGUAAAAUAAAGAUUUUCUAUUUACUUUUGCGGUUUCUUUGCACAACGCCAUCUAGUGGUUAUGUUUAUAUGGAGCAAGAUAUUACCACAGUAGUAGUAUACCACUUUUGUGUAUUGUGGUAUUACAUUAUAAAAAAAUAUUGUUAUGAUAAGUUUCGUGGGGCGGAUUACUAAUUGUACAUUCCAGUAGAAGUGUUUAUCCUCGUUAGUAACUGAUUAUAAAAAAAUGGGACACUUGCAUCGGGAAUUAUUCCUUAUUGUAUAUGUAUUCCUUUCUUAGACAGUAUUUUAAACUCUUUAAUAAGUAUUUAUUUCCUUCAAAUAAACAGCACCAGGAACACCAACACAACAAAACAUUCCUAGCAACACCCACCCAUUUUGAUGGGUGGUAUUCUCACGUGGAAUUAAAACAAAAGUGGCUACCUACUGAAAGUUUUGUAACAAUUAUCAUGCAUUAUCCUGCCAACGAGUCCGUCGUAAUGCCAUGCAAAUUACUCACAAAAAGAGGAUGCUAGAAUCAUGAGGGAAAUUCGUAUUAUAUAUUUUUUGCUUUCAUUAGACGACGAAUAUUGUUUACAUUGUUGGUAUUUCAUGUAGGUGGUUAACAAUAUUCCGCCUGCAAGAAGAACUGAGAUUGGAAUAG